AUGGCGCAGGGUAUGACGCCUAACGAACACAAGGAUCAGGACGUGAAACGCGCGGACAUGGCGCGUGACAAUGCCGCUGACAUUAAUAACGACGAGCAAGGCGAGGAGGAGGACGACGACUUUGACGACUUUGCUGAUUACACUGAAACCGAGGAGGAGGAAGACGAUGAUUCGACAAGCGAUGAGGAAGGAGGGGAGAACAAGGAAGGCGGGGAAGGAGACGAGGAGGAAGAGGACGCUGAUUGGCUGCCUCGAUGGUUGAAAGCUCGUUACGAAAAUAGUCUUCCACUUCGCAGAUGGAACUGCCUAAACUGCACCAACGUUAACGUCGCCGUGAACGUCGACGGCAAUGGCAACGGCGAGACGAGCCGUGAGCGGGAUUCCCAAGACUCGGAAGACGACACAAGCACAGAGGUGGAAGUAUUAGAGGCGAGCGCUAACGACGGGAGUGCCAGUAGCGGGAGUGACAGUGACGUGCAGGAGGUUACAACGGAAGUGGAAAUUGAGUGGACAGGAGCGAAAAAGGAGGAGGAGAAGAAGGAGAAGGAGAAGGAGAAGGGGAAGAAGAAGGGAAAGGAGAAAAGGGAUGGGAGUGGAGGGAAAGUUACGGCGAAGAAUGGGCGGAUCGGCCCUGAGAAGAGGAAAGGGGUGGCAAGUGAUGCUGACGAAGAGUGCGACGUGCGUAAGAGGAGGAUGGGGGUUGUGUGUGGAGCUCGCGAGUCCUUUUCCAUCCUUUCAGUGGAGAAGAUGGGAGCAGCAGCAACGGUAGCAGCAGCAACUACGGUUAGCGCAGCAGUAGCAGGAGCUGGGACAAGGAUGACGCCAGGGGCUGGAAAAUCAGGGAGAAAGAAUUCGGGAGUGAAGAGACGAGGAGAAGGAGGGGGUGAGAGUUUGGAAGGGCACACUGCAAUCGGAUGUGAUGAGCUGAUGCUGCUGCAUGAGGAGGUCGGCAGUGCCUCUCUGCAUCCUGAGCGUCCGGACCGACUGCGAGCCAUUCUGGCAUUUCUUAAAGGCGCAGGUUUGUUCCCAGGUCUAUGUAAGGCAUGGGCAUCAGAGAGUGCAGCAGAUAACCUUAUUCUCAAUAGCCACACGGUCAAGCAUCUAGCAAUGGUGGACAAGGCAGCUUCAACUGACACCAGUGCGUUCAACGCGGACACAUACGCCAACCGGUGGUCGCCAGCAGCAGCGCGCCUGGCAGCGGGGACAGCAGCCACCAUGGCUCGCGCCAUUGCCACCGGCCGCCUCCUCAACGGCUUUGCUCUGGUGCGGCCGCCAGGACACCAUGCAGGGACGGAGGGGCCGCAGGGCUUCUGUCUGCACAACAAUGCAGCUGUGGCAGCCAGGGCAGCGCAGGCAGCAGGGGCUAAGAAGAUCCUGCUGCUUGACUGGGACGUGCAUCAUGGCAAUGGGACACAGCAAAUCUUUGAGAGCGACCCUUCUGUGUUCUAUGUGUCUAUCCAUCGCCAUGAAGGGGGGUCAUUCUUUCCCGGAACUGGAGCGCCCACAGAGGUGGGCUCAGGGCCAGGGGAGGGGCGGUCGGCCAACGUGGCAUGGCCAUGUGGAGCCAUGACAGAUGCGGACUACCUCGCUGCCUUCUUCCACCUCAUCCUGCCGCUCGCCUAUGAGUUUCAACCGGAUCUCACAAUCAUAUCAGCUGGCUUUGAUGCUGCUGACGGCGACCCUCUUGGCGGAUGCAAGGUGUCACCAGCGGGAUUCGCCCACAUGACAUCCCUGCUGCUGCCCCUAACCGCCAAUCGAAUGCUGCUCAUUCUUGAAGGAGGGUACAACCUCCUCUCCAUUGCCUCCUCAACCGCUGCUGUGAUUCGAGUCCUUCUGAACCAACCCCCUCCGCCCAUCACAAGCAGGGACGCAGCAGCAGCAGCAGCAGCAGCAGCAGCAGCAGCAGCAGCAGCAGCAGCGAGAGCACGUGAGACGGAGAGUGUGGGGCAGGGCACGAAGGGGGAGGGCGGGCAGGGUGCAAGCGCAAGCGCGAGGCCAAUGGCAGCAGGUGCGGGUGCGAGUGGGGAUUCGCUCGUUCCCCUCGUGGUGGGUGCUGCGCCGCGUGCACAUGCCGUGGCAUCUGAGCCUGCUCAACAGUAA